AUGCCCUCACAGCUGAAAAACCCAAGAUCGAAACAGAAAUCAAGAACAAGAUGCAACAGCAAAUCACAGAGAAAAGCAGAACUUCUUGACAACAAAAAGCUAACUGCUGUGGUUGCUUCCAUUGCAAUGGGACACACAGUGAAAAUCAAAUCGCUAAUUACAGAGGGAUCACAGUCAGGUAAGUCUGGGAAAAUCUAUAUUACCUUAACUGGAGUUUAUCAAGUUCCCACCAAACAUGUGGAGGUGCAUUUCACAGAUUGGUCAUUGGAUCUGCUGGUAAAGAAUCUGAAUGGGAAGACUUACUACUUCAUGAUCAUAAACAGUCUCUUGAAACCCAUGUCUUUGGAAGGCAGUUCAAAAAAAGUCAAGACUGUCACAGUUCUUCCCUUAUUUAGAAAGCAAGCAGAAAACACAUGGUGGCACUACCUGACUGAGGUUGAAAAGCAAUGCGAAGAAGAAAGAAAACCUUCCUAUGUCACUGAAAUAGAUCCUAGUGAGGGAUUGAUGAAUGUUCUAAAGAAAAUUUAUGAAGAUGGAGAUGAUGGUAUGAAGCAAACCAUUAAUAAAGCCUGGGUGGAAUCAAAGAGAAAAGCAAGCCAAAGGGGACACUGA